AUGGAGGGUACCGCAAAUUUGGUGGUGUAUCGCAACGGUGAGAUAAUACGUAAUACUCAUGAGGGAGUGAGGUUUGUGUGCCAAAAUCCAUUUUUGUUUGUAGUUCCAUGCACCGUGACGUUAAUGGAGCUUCAGAAUGGUCUCUGUCAAAGCAUGGAGAACAGUACGUUAAUGAGAGUGAGCAGAAUUCUGUACCGGAAUCCGGUUAUAGUUUUUGGUGGUUUAAUACAGUUUGAUACCAUGUCAAUCACAGACGAAGUGAGUAUGCAGAAUAUGUUUCAAAUUCACCGGCAGACUCAGAUGCGACAGCCACAGAUUGAGCUGUAUGUUGAGUUUGAAACCGUAGAGGCGGAAGGGACUCAAAAUGAUUUAGAGGUGGUGGAUGAUAGAAACGCAGUGUAUGAGGGAAUGAAUAGUGAUAGUGAUGAGGAUUUCGAAGCCACUUAUGAAGCCGGAGAUGAGGAUGAGGAUGGUGAUGUGGGAGUUGAGACAGCAGCGGAGAAUGUAGUGGUUCAUCCCUCGACCAGUCAACCGAUGAACGUGCGACGUUUUAUGCGUGAGGUGGAUCUCGACGCCAUGCAUGCACCGGAGUUUCCGGAAUAUUCAAACAUAGGCAUUGCUAAUCCUGAGGAUGGAGAGUUCCAGAUUGGAAUGGAAUAUAGUUCUAGAAAGACGGUCGUGGCAGCAAUUAGAAGUUACACUAUCGCUAGAGGAGUUGACUACGACGUGUAUGAGUCUGAGCCACAAACGUUCUAUACAAAGUGCAAGAUGUAUGCGCGUGGGUGCGAUUGGCUUAUCCGAGCCAGCUUGAUAAGGAAAAAAGGUUGUUGGGAGAUAAGCAGAUACAACAGUCGGCACACAUGCUCAAUGGGAGUGAUUUCACAGGAUCAUUCAAAGUUGGACUCGGAUACAGUUGCUGAGGCUAUAAGGCCAUUGGUCGAGACUGACCCGUCCAUCAAGAAGUCCAUAGCAAAGGUUUUCGGUGAUUGGGAGGAGAGUUACCAAGCCUUGCCAUGGUGGCUCUCGGUUAUGGUUCAGAAGAUGCCUGGGUCAGUUGUCCAAAUAGAAACACGACCGCUGUUCAACGGGAAUGAGGAGGCGCAAGGGGUAAAAAUACUUCAUCACGUAUUCUGGAGUUUCAAUCCAUGUAUUCGGGCAUUUAGGCAUUGUAAGCCCCUAGUUCAGGUUGAUGGCACACACCUAUAUGGCAAGUACAAAGGUAUACUUUUGGUCACUGUUGCACAAGACGGGAACCAGAAUAUUGUGCCUACCGCUUUUGCCUUGGUGGAAGGGGAGACAGCCGACGCGUGA